AUGUCCUUAAAGACAAAGUAUAGGGUCGAUCAGUCUGCCGCGGCUGUGUUGCCCUAUGAUACCAUCUACAAUAUUGAGAUCGGCGGCAAGCUGUUUCGGCUGAGUGGGGCGUCGCUUUCGUCUGAUUCGCCGUCCUAUUUUACUAGUUUUUUUAGUCAUCCCGAAAAUGAAACCAAAACAUUGACUGUUGACCGGUCUUCAGAGGUGUUUGCGAAGAUAGCCACCCAUCUUCAAGGCUAUGCUAUUAGGCCGACCGAUGAGUACGAUCUGAUGAGAUUGUAUGCGGACGCCAGCUAUUUCAAUCUACCCAAAUUGAGCAAACAGCUUGCAGAGGACUUCUAUUACGUCAAUGUUGGUGGUCGGAGCUUCAAUUUCCCACAGAGUCUUGUCAAAGGCGAAGGAAACACGCCCAAUUACUUUCAUUUUGCAUUCGGAACCUGUUUGCGGAACCCGUAUAGCAUUUCGGAGCUCAAAGACUUGUUGAGGCCGCCAGCAAUGCUUCCAAUUGUGGUCGAUCGGAGCGCCUCGUUGUUUGCAGAUCUGUUGGAUGCUUUGUGGACAGAGAAUUACAAAGUUCGUGAUGAGACCCAUCGCGAGCAAUUGCUUGCGGAGUGUCGGUAUUUCCGUUUUUUUGCACUGGAGCAGAAACUGAUUGCGCACCAGAUAGAACUCAAUCCGUUCACCAACGAGGAAGAAAUACUUAUUAUGCUUCCCGACGUGAAGAAGAUUGGACUCAGCUACGACUCGAACGAUAAGGCAAUCUACAGACGGCCUUUUGUCGACUCCAAGGAUCGCACUUUGGUGCUACAGAUUGAUUCGGAAGAAUUAAGUUUAUUGAUCCACACAAAGCUGUCUUUCUUGAGCGCUUUAGCCACGGGAAACACCUUGAAACGAUUAAAGGCGUUCUUCGGACCGCUGACCAAACCACUCUGCGACUCGGAAGUCAAAGAAGACGGCACGGUUGUGGAGAAAAUGCGACUCUAUGUGAAGAUGGAGAAUUGUACAUUCACUUUGAAUGGACUCGAAACCAAGAAAAACUGGUAUGAAGAUUUCUUUCUCAAGGACGAUAAGCAGCCAAUGGUAGAGGGAGACGUCAUCAAUGUCAAGCUUCUAAAGUCGCAGUGGACAAUUCAGCUUCAAAAUAGUAAACGACUCUGGUUCACAGGACUUCUUGCAGAUGGAGUUCUCGACAGCGCCUCGUACAACCGUCGCCGCGGAUUCAUAUGA